AUGUUGCCGAGAGAGCUGAGUGUAGCUGCCGUGCUGCUGCUCUGCGUCCAGUCGCUGCAUGGCUCUGCUUUCCAUCCAGUUUCCUCCCAUGAGUUCACUGCCUACAGGAUGCAACAGUACAACUUAGUACAACAGAAGUAUGGUUGCCGUGGAGCCAUCUUGGGGGCAGAGGCACGCUCAGCAGACGAGCCGGUGCUGACCCGCCGCUGCGUCAUCAUGAAAGUGAUAGACUUCACCACAGAGAAAUACCUCGAGGCCCAGAGGCAAAAUGCUGCUGCCAUCCUCAUCCUGCUGCCCACAAAUAUCUCUGCCGUCCCCUACGAUUCAAUACAGUCCUUCAUGGUGAGUGAGAGUGAGGUCUUGCUGAAGGAGAUCCUCAUUCCCGUAUAUGUGGCGCCUGAGGAUGAGAAACUGCUUAUCAUGUAUGAGGAAGUCAAGCAAGCUGCAGCCACCAGGACCUUGUCUAUAUUUGUCAGAGUCCUUCGAAGUAUGGUGACAGCUACAGCCUUUCAGAUGUCGUUGAGCAACACUGCUGCUAUAAAGAGCAGCACUGACACCACCUUCACCACACUGGAGGGAGUGCUUCCCGGAGCCGAGGAGGAUGCACCCACAAUCGUAAUCACCGCCCACUAUGAUUCCUACGGGCUAGCACCAUGGUUGUCGUACGGAGCAGACUCUAAUGGCAGUGGCGUCACCAUCCUGCUGGAGUUAGUUCGUCUCUUCCAGAAGCUUUUUAGUAGCCCAGGCACCAAACCACCAUUCAAUUUAAUGUUCUCCUUAACUGGAGGAGGAAAAUACAAUUUCCUUGGCACAAAGAGAUGGAUUGAAGAUAAUCUGGACCACGCUGAGUCCAGUCUGCUCCAUGAUAAUGUGGCGUUUGUGCUGUGUUUGGAUACACUGGCCAACAGUGAUGAACUGUACAUGCACGUGUCCCGCCCUCCUAAACCAGACAGUCCCAUACAGUCUUUCCUUGAACAGCUGGAGGAGGUGGUGUCCUCCAGAUUCCCCUGGGUGAAGGUGGGAUUGGUCCAUAAGAAGAUCAAUCUUGUGGAGUCCUCAGUAGCGUGGGAACACGAGCGCUACAGCCUGCGCAGGAUACCAAGUUUCACUCUGUCUCGUCUUGAAGACCCCAAAUCUGAGCUCCGUGGCUCCAUGCUAGACACCAUGUCACAAGUGGACUUCAGGAAAAUGAAACGUAAUGGCAUCAUUGUAGCAGAGACAUUGGCACGUUAUAUGUACAAUCUCUCUGACAAGGGUUCACCAAAAGAUAUGCAGGUGUUCAAGGGCCAAUUGGACUUUCACGACAGUCGCAUGUUGAGUCUGAUGUCCUCUCUGACGUCGGUCCCUCGGGCCACCCAGCUGCUGGAUAAGGAGCCGGCUCACAUCCUGCUGGUUAACUCUCUGGAGCACGAGUUCAAGCGUUACCUGCAGCAGGUUCACAGACACACCUUCCGACAGGACAAGAAGGACCCUGACAUUACCUUUUUUGAUCAAAUGAACCAACAAAUUGUGAUGUACAGAGUGAAGCCUGCAGCCUUUGAUCUAUUCCUCGGCGGCUGCAUUGCGGCUUAUUUGGCAAUCGUUUACUACACCAUACAGAAUUUUGAUUAUCUCUACAUAAAGCUCAAAGCGGCAGCGAAAUACAAGCACGAGUAAAUAACACUGUGAGUCUAUG